AUGGAAUCCAUUACCGAGCUGUGUUUCGACACUUUAGACGGUCUAAAAGAAGCAGUAAAUGGCUAUGCGAUCAGUAACGAGUUUUCGGUCAUCAGUAAGAUUACGAAUAAACGUGCUUGCACAUUAGUAUGCAAACAUGGCGGUGGCUAUAAACCACAUCGAGCAGCACAAGUGGAUAAGAUGGCAGCAGAUGGUUGUCAGGAGAAAGAACAUGAAGAUAGUACGAAGAGACAAGAACCAGGUCUGGCGAUACCGAAAUGUGUAAACCAAGAACAUACACUUGCGCUAAUGGUGUGGAAAAGAGGUAUCCUAAGUGACGAUCCGUCAAGACGCAGUGCUCGUGGUCGAUAUAUGCCAGCUGUGGCAAGAAGACAAAUUAUAAAUGGAAGACGCAAGGAUACCGCCUCGUCAGAUUUACAGCUACAGUCGAAUAAACGUUUUACUGCAAAAGAUAUCUACAGCUUAAAAUCUCGACUGGAAAGCAAUGAUGCUCAACAUGAUGAGCUGCCCACUAUCAUGGAGUACUUCAAGUCAUACAAUUUCAUUGCACGUUACCAUACCGAAAGUGCAACGAAAAAAGUCAAAUCUAUUUUUGUCACGCACCCACGAAGCAUCGAGCGCGCAAGAAUGUUUCCAGAGUGUCUACGUUCGUUUGUUAUUGGAACAGCUGUUGUUGCAGAUGAAAAGGCCUUGUCUUAUGUUUGGAUACUGAAAACACUCGGCGAACUGGCAUGGCCGACAGCUGCGGAAUCAAGCCCCAUCUUUUUGUCACUGACGACGAUCAUGGUCUUACUUCUGCAAUUGCCCAGAUUCGCCGAUCUGUGCAAUCAUAUCUCGACGAUGAUCUGGACAAGAGAUGAAAACGUAUUUCUUGAUGUCAUUCGAUUAUUCAACGAUAGUGUUUCCAAGGGACAGCCUAAAAAAGGAGGAGACAAGAAGCAGUUGCACGAGUAUUUGAACAUGUUGCGUGAAUACAAGAAACGAUGGGCUGGACCAUGGGCAGAGGAGCAUAUGCAUCUUGGAGCAAGGUCAACUCGACGCAUUGAAGGAGCACAUGCCGCAUUAAAGAUGUCUUGGUUCACAUGUCACAUAGCAAGAGUAUCUGAACAACCUGUCAUCGAAGAACUUGGAACCGAUAUCAACGAUAUUGAAGAAGAUGCGUUGGAGCUAGAUUAUCAAGAGCUUAAAGAUCGAAUUGACAACUUAUUUAUCGAUGCGCAGACGGGUCAACAAAAGCAAGACUUGAUAUCAUGUAUACGUACGGCUUUAGAUCAGUACAAACCAAUACCCAUUGAAGAUCUAGAGUUGCCGACCGCUGAUGUCUUAUGGUGUCGUCGCCUUUGUGAUAUUGAGGCCGACUGUCCUAAGGAGAACUGGUUUGACGGAAGCGUGGAUAUUCAGUUGGCAGCCAAUGCUUUGGAGCGGCCGAUUGCUUGCUAUACGUCUGGUCAUGGGCGAAAAAAAUCUGCCGUCGCUGACAUUGCCAUACUCUUACCUUCGGGCAAACGAUAUAAUCUCCUGCCGUUCGUUAUGCAUUUCGUGAAUGGGAACCAUUGGGAGCCGUGGAUCAAGAUUCAACAGCAAUUAGCCUAG